AUGUCUUUCUCUAUCAAUUCCACCAGGGGUCAAACUCAGAUCCGGACCAAGGCUUUGGCCUUUUGUGCUGUCAGUGUAACCCUCGUUUUGUUUUGCCUGGGAUCAUGGUCCAGUGCUCCAUCGCACGCGGUCUAUAGCCGCGUCUUCAAGCGGGCCACCCAGGCUAGCGAGCCCGCCAUUUGGCAGCCGGAAGCUGGCAUCAAGUGGCAGAUCCAGCUGGCAAAUGCCGUCGAGGAUAUCGCUCUCGGUGCUGAUGUCUAUGACAUCGAUAUGUUCGACAACGAUGCCGGCAAGAUUGCCGACAUCCACAAGACUGGUGCCAAGGUCAUCUGUUACUUCUCUGCCGGGACCUAUGAAGACUGGAGACCCGAUGCCAACAAAUUUUCCCAGUCCGACUUUGGUAGUGAACUCCCAGAUUGGCCCGGGGAGCGCUGGCUGAACCUGCGCUCCACGGGUAUUCGCUCAAUCAUGCAGACGCGUCUGGAUCUGGCCAAGCAAAAGGGCUGCGAUGGCGUUGACCCUGACAACAUUGAUGCCUACGGCAACGAGAACGGUCUCGGUCUGACCGAGGCUGAUUCCAUUCUGUACUUGAACUGGCUGUCGUCGGAGGCCCACUCCCGUGGCAUGUCUAUUGGCCUGAAGAAUGGUGGUGACAUUAUCUCUUCUGUCAUUGAGAAGAUGCAGUGGUCGGUCAAUGAGCAGUGCGCCCAAUACGACGAGUGCGAUACCUACGCUGUGUUUACACAGGUUGGCAAGCCGGUCUUCCACAUUGAAUAUGUCGAUGAGAUGGAUGGCGGUAAGGCCGACAGCAGUGGCGACAACGACAGCAACGACAGCGGUGACAGCGGUGACGAGAGUGCCAGCGGCACCAGUAGCUCGAGCAGUGCCAGCACCACUAACGGCAUCAGUGUCAGUAGUGCUAGUACAAGCGGUGCCAGCAGUGCCGUGAGUGACGAGACCAAGAGCACUGGGAUGAAAAGCACUAACGACGCUGCUUCUGGUAACGAGCAGAAUUCUGGCGCUGAUGACGACUCCGAUGAUGACGACGAUGAGUCUGAUGACGGCGAUGACGAUGACAAUGAUUCCGACGACCAAACAACCACUCAUGAUAAGAACACUCCUGGCAGCGGGCGAAAGUCCAGGGACUGCAACAUCCGUCGUGCACCCAAGCUGAAAGCCCGUGGUGUUACCGUCUCCCAGAAGACUCUGGCUUGCAAAGCCAAGAGCGCCGACAGAUUUUCGACUGUGAUCAAGAACAUGAACCUGGAUGCUUGGGUCCAGUACUGCUAG